CUCAUCCAAAUAUUCAUACCACCAGCACAACUUCUUGGUUCUCUUCAUUCCUCAAUCUCUUAUCGCCCUUUUAGUUUUAGGCUUUCUUCGGUUCUGUCACCAACUCAUCAGCGCUACACUAGAAAUAUUAACAACCUCGUACACUAACUGAUCGGGGAUCGGAGAUCGUAUUGGACGAAUUCCGUUUCACUCAUUGACCGGAUAAGCAUUUAUUUCACUCACAACAGUGUCUACGUUUCACUCACCCUUUCUUCCGUUCUGUCUCUGAUUCUCUUGGCCUCUGAUUGUGAUUUUCUUUCUGUGGUAGCUGCUCAUGGUUUCACAGUGACGCAAAAUAAUAAUAUUUGUUUCUGCUACUGAAGAAUUGAGAGCUUAUACGUCUAGACCAUGGAACAAGAAGAUAAUAAUGUAGGAAAGGGUGAUAAGGGAACAGAGUCUCCCGUCAAAGUAUCUGUCAAAGGCAUAGGGAGUCCAGCAGAAACAUCUUGUCAACAAACAGAGACUCUUGUAGAAGUGGUUCACAGUGAGCCAACCAACAAUUCUACAGAAGCAUCUGAUAAACCUGCAGGAUCAGGAUCAGAGAUCCCUGCUGAAGUAUUUACUAUUCCAUCGGAGAUUCCUUCAAAUGUAUCUGAUAAACCGGAGUCAUCCGGAACAAAAACUCCAAAUUCUUUGAAAGCUAAAUUGAAAAUCCUGAGGAAGCCUUUUGCUGUCAAUGGGAAGAAAACUCAAAAAGUUAAAGGUAGCCCUCAGGUUCAACGCAACAAAAAGAAGAAGAAUAACUUAGUUUUGCAGGGUAAAGAAGAAGGGGGUGAAGACGAGGAAGACAGUGCGAAAGAACAUAUAUCUGUAGAAGAAAACCAACCAAAGGUUAAUGCUGCUGAUGAAAAAAAUACUGAAGAGAGCAAUCAAGCUGAAAAGGACAAAGAAAAGGUUGAUGAAUUGGAUAAGAGCCAACAAAACCCCAAGAAAGGUGAAAAGCGUCGCAGGCCAAACAGGAAUCGAAAGAAUAAAGUAAAGCAAGCAGAAACAAUCAGGAGUCCUCAGACUGAGAAGAAAGAAAACAUUGAUGCUAAGAACUCUCCAACUGAGAAGAAAGAAAACGUUGAUGCUAAAAGUCCUCAGACGGAGAAGAAAGAAAAAAUUGAUUCAAAGAGCCCUCAGACCGAGAAGAAGAAAGACCAAAAUGAUUCUAAGAAAAAGACCCCUCAGACUGACAAGAAGAAAGAAAAAGUUGAUGGUCUGAUCUUUAUGUGCAAUGGAAAAACAAAACCAGAUUGUUUCCGCUACCAUGUCAUGGGUGUUUCAAAUGGAAAGAAAGACACUGUAUUGGCUAUCAGACCAGGAAUGAAACUCUUUCUGUAUGAUUUUGAUCUGAAACUUCUAUAUGGGAUUUAUAGGGCUUCAUCUUCUGGUGGCACAAAACUUGAGCCAAAAGCUUUUGGUGGGAAAUUCCCUGCUCAGGUACGGUUCAUUGUGCAUAGAGAUUGUCUUCCACUGCCUGAGAGUGUUUUCAAGAAGGCAAUUAAGGAAAACUACAAUGAGAAAAACAAGUUCAAAACAGAACUUUCACGCCCACAAGUUAGAAAGCUUAUGGGACUUUUUCGACCUGCUGAAGUUCAUACUUCUGUGUCCACCCGCCCACCAGCAGCAGCAGCUGCUCGGGACAAGGGAGUUCGUGAGCAAGUGAGAGAACCACGCUCACUCCCAAAAAGAAAAAGAGAAUCACAUUCACACCGUGAGAAACCAGUUAGAGAUUCUCGGUUUCGUCAUGAUGAUUCUAGGUCUAAUCGUAAUCGUCGGCUAUCCGAUGAAAGAGAUCAGAAUCUUGGGCGCCGAGAAGUUCAGAGGGAAGAAGGCCAUAGAAAUCUGUACCUUACUGAAAAGGAAUAUCGUACCUAUGGUCUUCGGGGAGAGAGAAGAAAUUUGACUCCUCCUUUUAUUCCUGAUCCUAAUUUGGAUUCUUACCAUAGAGAUAGAGAACAUCUUCUAAGACAACCCAACCCAAUUCGUGCUGAUCCGUAUUUGAAUGAAAGAGACUACCCAGCCUAUAAUCUUGGUCUUAGGCAUGAGUUGCCACCACCAGUGGCUGCUAAUGAUUUGGACCCUUAUACAAAGGAUCCAUAUUAUGCACGCUACUUUCCUGGUUCAUCAUUGGACCCUUAUCUAAGGAGAGAUGAUAUUCCUUAUUCUGCUGGCGGAAUUAGAGACACUUAUGUGGCUGAUGGUGCUGAUCACUUGAGAAGGAGAGAAGUUGAGCACUUGGACAGGAGAGAAGUUGAGCGCUUGGACAGGAGAGAAGUUGAGCGCUUGGAUAGGAGAGAAGUUGAGCGCUUGGAUAGGAGAGAAAUCGAGCGCUUGGAUAGGCUAUACUCUACUAAUGCUUCAGAUACUCUAUCAGGUUACAGUCAGGCAUAUCAGAGCAGACUUGAACCUGCUCCUGCUCCUGCUCCUGCUCCAUUGUCGUCUUUGUCUCGCUACCACCAUUCCGGCACAUCUUUCACCUAUCGCUAGUUAUGUUGCAAACAAGUUUUAUACUUCUUAUGCUCUUCUGCAGGUUCAAUUGGUUGAUAGCAAGUUGGAAUUUUAAAUUAUUGAUGGGAGGUUACUGCACUAUGAUAUUUAAAGCUUCAUGAGGCUUGCCUAGAUUAAAUAGACUGGAGAUUUCAAUGUAGACAUUUUUAUAUUUUGGAUUUUCUUUUCCUGCUUGAAUUUGAGACUCCCGGUAUUUGAGUUUUAGUGGCGAAACAUUCCUCAUGCUUACCA